GGCAGAUAAUAAUGACAUGAUAGUAAUGUAUAAGACCCGAAUAACAAACAGUUCUUCACCUUGCCGAAUGAAAACUAUCUAUAAUCAAAUUUAAAAAAGAAGCACCUUUUUUUAAUUAUCCAAAAUACAGGAAUCGAUACUUCGCGCAUGAGCCUAGACGAUCAAUUGACCUCGGUUUCGCGCCGUUGCGUUGACCCCGUCCCCCGGCCCCCGCUCAGCUAUGCCCGCAGCCGUCCCGUAACCAUGAUCGACGAAAUGUCACACAAAAAUAAAAAAAACGUAAACAAAUAGCAAAACCACUACAAAAUAGAUUUAAUUAAUUAAUCUGUGCUACAAAAUGUCUAAAAUGACGAAUGUUAACUCAAGUUUGGCCUACGAAAUAUUGCUUUACCUAAACUCAUUUUAUUUAGGAAUGUUUUUCGUGUGUGAAAUUGCUAUGGGGAUUUUGAAGGCGAUAAAUGUGUCGUACCCCGAAAACGCAUUGUUGACAGAAGCUGGGAUAUUUUGUGUUUUGUGUCUCGUUGAAGUUGUUCGUAUAUUUUUGGGGAGACGUGGAAACUUGGCCAGUAAAAAAGUACCUGUCUUUUUCUCAGUGCUACUAACAAUACCCUGUGCAGUGGGCGUGUGCUAUUUCCUCAUAUACCAAACGUACAUAUUAAGGUUAGAAUACAUCUGGUGCGCUGUGAUGCUAAUGUUCCACGCUCUGGAGCUGACGUUUGCAAUCCUGUUCAUAUUCACUGUAUGCAAGAACCAGCAAUUUGAAUAGAAAUUGUGAAUCUACCCUCUUGCCAAAUUAAUAGAUUGCCAUUUUUUUUAUAUUAAAAAAAAUAUGCAGGGUGUUUCGGUGUAUUUCCCAUAACUUCAAGGUUGACAAGUCCACAUAAAGGAGCCGAACUGCAUAACUAUUUAUUUUUAACUAGCGGACGCCCGCGACUUCGUCCGCAUGAAACCCUACUACUACCCCUACCCCUACCCUACCCUGAUCUUACCCUACCCUACCCCUAUCCUACCACUAUCCUACCCCUACCCUAUCCUUACCCUACCACUACCCUAACCCUACCCUACCCCUACCCUAACCCUACCCCUACCCUACCACGCGACGGCGACGGAAGCUUAAAAAAUGUAGUAACUUCUCCCAUUUUCUCAACAUUUCCCUUCACUACUCUGCUCCUAUUGAUUGUAGCGUGAUGAAAAGUAUACUAUAACCUGCCCAGGAGUAUGUAGAAUAAUUGUACCAAAUUUCGUUAAAAUCCGUCGAGUAGUUUUUGUUUCUAUAAAGAACAUACAGACAGACAGACAGACAGACAAAAAUUUUACUGAUUGCAUUUUUGGCAUCAGUAUCGACCACUAAUCACCCCCUGACAAUUAUUAUGGAAAUAUAUUUCAUGUACAGAAUUGACCUCUACAGAUUUAUUAUAAGUAUAGAUUAAAAAAGAAAACUUUUUAUGUUUUCAUACUAAGUAAUUCAAAUAAUUCCGACUAUCCAUGUAACACGCGCCUUUGUGUAUCCUUGCAUUAUAAAAUACGUAAUCGUAGUGGUAAGACUGUAGAUAUCGACGAGAUAUUCCAACUGGCACUCCGCACUACACUAGUAAGCUGCUUCAUGAUAAUUAUCAAUGAAUAAGUUUGACUUAAUUAUUAUUAACCCUAGUUAUGGGAAAUAUUCCCGAGCACCCUGUAUAAUAUAGAGCCUUUAACUAAAGUCUACAUUUUAGAAUUAAAAACUAUUGUGAAUGUUAUAUUAAUCUACACUAAUAUUAUAAAGAGGAUUUUUUUUACUAUUCUUCUAAUAGCAGAAGUUCCUGUUGCCAUGGGAAUUGAAUUUACAUCAUAAAGAACCGAUUUUAAAAAUUCUUUUACCAAUAGGAAUGUAUUAUAAUAUAAUAUAUACAAUAUAUUUUAUGGCUUCUUUCCUAUUGGUUAAAGGAUUUGCAAAAUCGGAUCCCCAAAGAUCCCCAAACUUUUCUCUUUAUAAUUUUAGUAGAGAUUUAUAAGAACCGCGUCCAAAUCGGUCCAUCCGUUUAGGAUACAUUGCUAGACAUAUACAAUCAAAUUAUUACUGUUUUUUGCGUAAAGUUAUGAAACUGUCCAAAAGUUAGUCCAUUUAGAAAAUAAGCUUCAAAAUUAUGUUUGUAAUAUUAAAAAGCAGCUCCAUAAUAUUUAUUUUGUUUAACACAAUAGUGACUAAAGUUUUAUAUUUUUGUACUUUGUAACAAUUCCACUGCUAAAAUAGCCUAUAGUGAUGUUUUGCAUUUUUAUAUAAAGCAUAUUGGUUAAUAACAAAUUGAUAUUUAUAUACUAUGGCCUGUUAAAAUGUUGUACCUAACAUUAAGUAGAAAAAAUAAAACAUAUAAUAAUUUAAAA